AUGGUCCGUUUCACUCGUGUCUAUCUAUGUAGUGCAUUGCGAAACCUCCUCCAUCUUGUCCCAAACGCGUCAACGCCAUCUCCGCGUGGCCGUCUCCUUCCUCCAAAACUUCACCUCCACCUUCAUCGAACCCCACUUCUUCUCUCUGGUCAUAUAACCUGGUCCCCUUCCUCUUCUCCCGACAUCAACUCCCCCCUCCCCCUCGGUUUUAAGAGGGGAAAAACGGAGAGAAAAUUAAAAUAAAAAAAAAUUAAAAGAAAGGAAAAAAGAAAAAGAGAGAGAGAGAGUUCCCGACGCUAAAAUGCGCGAGGCCCGCCCAGUAGUUCUAUCCUGCGCCUCCUCCCCCUCGAUCUAGGGUUUCGAUUGCCCCCAAUUUGUUUCUCUUUUCUCUGUCGAUUUCUCGGCUGGUUGUCUUUUAAUCAUGGCUUGGAAGGCGGCGGCGGGGACGUUGUUGUUGGUUCUUCUUCUGACCGUCGUUGGGCCGGCAGCCGCCACGGUCUGCCCUAGGGUUUCCGUCGGCGAGUCGAUCUUGGGGCGUCCGGACGCGUGCUCACUUCUGGAUGCUCCAGUGCUCGGUGGCGAUCUGAUCGGCGUCGUCGAGGGAGGUGAGGCUGCAAUGCAGAGGGCACUGAAUCUAGUGUACAAGAACAGGGAGGACUAUGUGGCUGUGCUCUUUUAUGCUUCAUGGUGUCCUUUCUCGAAAGUUUUCCGACCAAAUCUCCAGGUUUUAUCUUCCUUGUUUCCAACGAUUCGUCAUUUUGCAUUUGAAGAAUCUGUCAUCAGGCCAAGCAUCCUCUCUAGGUACGGCGUUCAUGGUUUCCCAACUCUUUUUCUCUUAAAUUCUACAUUGCGAGUGCGAUAUCAAGGAUCACGAACAAUCAAUUCCCUUGUUGCUUUCUACAAUGAUGUUACAGGUGCUAAUCCUGCAUCGCUUGAUACAAUACACUUGGAAAAAACUGUGGACCCAUCAAAUGAUACAGAACUUAAGGAAGGCGAUGAACAAGAAAAUUGCCCAUUCUCAUGGGCAAGGUCACCAGAGAAAUUGCUUCAACAAGAUACAUAUCUGGCACUGGCCAGCUCCUUUGUGAUAUUGAGGUUGCUUUAUAUCCUUCUUCCAAAACUAAAUGCUUGUGUCAAGCGGGCUUGGAGGAGGCAUAUGCGAUAUGCGAGCUUGACGAACCUCCAAGAUCAUUUGCAGGCUUGUCUUGAGCAAGCUAAACAAGGUUUCAACAGAUUGAAUCCAUGCAAAAGAGGCAAUUUGCAGGUAGGAGCAAUGAAUGCAAGAGCAUGGGCUUCCAAGUCACUGGCAUCUGUCUCCAUUGGUGAGCCGAGCUCUGCAAGAGCAUACUCUGCAGGCGAAAGGAGAUAAAGAUAAUACUGAAUAACCUUUUCAACAUCCGCUGUAUAGUAGAUGGGAUAUACUAAACAGAGAUCAAGCUUGUUUUCAUUUUAAAAUGUGAUGGGUUGUGACAAUUCUCACGACAGCCUAUCCUUAGGAAGGAGCUCAUUUAAAAUUUCAACUGUUAUCUUUUCUGUAAGAUAAUUUUUAUUUACUUAAUGCUAUUGAAGAUGUAUCCCUUCUGUA